AUGCUCUUGCUCAAGAAGCUGGUCAUCAAGGACAUUGACGUGCUCAAGUUUGUACAGAACCAGGACGCUGGGCUCGUCAACUGGCCAGGCCCGACGCCUGUGGCACUCUGGAGCACAGGCAGAGUUGGCGAAUUUAGGUUGGCUUUCGGUCGUCCUAAAUUGAACAAAUCACCCAACGUCGGUUGCAUGCCGUACUGGGCCACCAUCGACCCCGGCCUGAAUAGCAAUGGGGCACCCAUUGAUUUGCUCUUCUGGAACAGGGGCGUCUUGACAUACCCUUCAGCUGGUGUCAGCUUUGCAAGGAAGAAAUGA